AUGGUGCUGGAGCUUUUGCGUUGGAUCCGGCGCCAUCUCUCUCUGGGGGCCCUCCGUGAGCGCCUGCUUCCCGGCGCCGCGUCCGCAGAGGCCGAUGUGGAGAUGACGGCCGCAGACACUCCGGUGCGAUUACCCGGGCAGCUGGCGCUUUCACCACACGUCACGGUCAUCCCCCAGCGCCUGCGAGAUUUCUUGACCGCGGCGCUGAUCGCCGCGCUGCUGUUUUUCUCCACGGUCUUUCUGUCCAUCUUCGUGAUCAUGGAGUGGGCUUCGCGCCCUGACCAGCGUGGCUGGCUUCUGCUGGGCUUCGGCUUCUACAUUGUCAGCGCUAUGCAGCGCCUCUGGUCCACGAUGGUUCCGCUGUUCCGGAGCGUCAUGUCCAUCCGCGUGGAGAUCCGCCGCUUCGCCUCCGCCACGCUCUUCGAGGCCGUCACUGACUUCUUGGCCAAAGAAGCCGAGCGUCAGGGCCUCACUUGCAGCUGGGAUCAGGAAGCGCUGCAGGAGCACGACAAGCUGACGGGCAAGAUCCAGGUCAAGCUUCGCUUCUGGAGUUCGCAGGCGCGGACGAUGCGGAUUUCUGUGAGGAUACCCUCGGACCUGGAGUCCCCUGACCCGGAGCCACCGGAGAGUCUCGACAUGAAGGUCGAGUUCCUCCCUGGCGACGACAUCGUCUGCGGCCGGGACGCGCGCCUGGAGAGGCGGGAGAUCUUGAUCCUAAACGUGUACUCCAAUGAGAAGCGGGCACUGGCCGACAAGCGGCUUCUGGUUCGCUGGCUCGAGCACGCGUACGUGCAGUUCGUGAAGCCCAUCCAGGACGUGGUGAACGUGUACUCUCUGCAGGAGAGCAGUGCGGAUUGGGUGCCAGAAUGGAAGUUUGAGCGGGUGAAGACAUGCGCCUCGGAUGCAGCCUUGAACUCGUUGCCGCCGGGCUAUGGACAGAGCCGGGUGCCCCUGAAAUACGGGAUACACGUCCAAGUCUGCGUAACAGACCCCAUGCAUCAAGAUCCUGAAAGAAUGGUGCAUUGA